AUGCCUGGAAAGGAAAAUUUGUUCUGGGACGCGCUGAUGGAGUACAAGCUCGAGAAGAAGUUCUUCAAGAAGAAACGAGCAAAGUUGCCGAAUGCGAAGGAACUCGCCGUCAAGUACGAAACUUCUGCGGCCGAUGUGGAGAAGGUGAGCUGGAAUAGAAGAGUUUAAAGGGUCUGAUCAGAACUUUCUGGACGCCGUUUUCCACGAUCCAAGAGCAGCUAACUAAACUUUAAAAAAUGACUUGAUUUUCUGUAACGUUAUUUUUUCUUGGAGAUAUCGCUAGAAAACCUUUUUUCCUUUUGCACUGAAAUUUAACCUGAACCGGUGCAGAAUCAAAGUUCAUUAGCACCAAAUGUGCAGAUUACUCUAGAAAUUUUAAAGUUUUUUUCUGCAUUUUACACUUCACGAUCAUUUCGGGAAAUUCCCAGCUUUCAAACAAAAAAGUCUUCUAAAUAUCGGCUUAAAAAUAUCUUCCUAAACCCAUAAUUUCUACCAGGUCUUCGCGAUAUUCCAAAUGAUGGACGACGACGGCUCCGGCACGAUCUCGUCCGCCGAAGUGAGUAUGGCUCAAUUUUUGAUGAGACUUAUUCUAAGCGUCGCAUUCCAGAUCGCCAACAUGCUCUGUGGCCUCGGCAUCGACGUCUCCCCGAAGGUCGUUCAGGCCGUCAUGAGGAAUUCGGAUAAGAGUGGCGACGGGGAGAUCGACUUCGAGGAGUUUCUAGCCGUUGUCGCCGCCAAGAGCAAGGUAGGAUUUAUUAUUUUUGAGAUCAUUGGCUUAUUUCCAAAAUCUUCUUCUUGGAAUCAGCUUGAAAGACUUUGAAACAUAGUUUUAAACGGAGAAUCUCCAAACUUCUGAAUGAAAAAGAAAAACGAAUAAAAAUGAAAAAAAGUAACUUUUUUUUUGCUUGUUUAUAAUUUUUGACGGUCUUCUGCUGCCUCUUCAAACCUUUUGAUGUUUUAGAAGUUUUCUUAAACCUCUUCGAGAAAGUUUAUGAAGAAAGAGGAUUUUCUGAAAAUCGAAAAAGCAACAACUAGACUAUUCUUCUGAGGCGAUUCCAGAAGAGAUGGCUGGAUUUUUGAAAAAUGAGUUAUUUUUGGUGUGUUGACUUAGGAAAUUCAGGCUUAAAACGUGAUAUUUCCAUUCAUAAUUUCACUUUUAGUUAAAAAAAAACUUUCAAAAAACAAGAAAAAAAGUGAUUCUUCGAUAGUUAUCGAAAAGCUUCGAAACUUUGAGAUACGAGGCUUAAAAAUGUCUAUUUUGAAACACGGUUUCUAUAAGUCAAACUUUUUCAAUAAACUAUUUGAAAACUUGAAAAUACAUCAACGUUUAUUCAGUAUGAACUUUCAAAAUUACCAAGCAAUUAAUCGGAAAUUGACUUCAGCCGAAGCAAGAAACGGAGGUGGAAGUGACGGCGGGAAGGAGUUUGCCGACGGAGGAGAGGUUUCCCCCGGUAAUCCCUCGGAACGAACCGCCGCCGAGGGUCGAGUCGGCCGACGUCCAUUGCAAGCAGCCCUGGUGCAACGACGUCGCCAAGGUCGGUCCUGGGAAGCUGAUUUGCGACGUCAGGAAGUGAUGUUUCAGGCCGGCGAGAAGACGUCCGACGACUUCAUCACACUCUGUCAGACCGUUUGA